UCGGCUCCAGCACCAUGAGAGGUGUCCUCAUUGCCCUGAUCAUCUCAGCGCUGGCAGUCACAGCUGUAGAGUCCCUGGACUGCAUUCAGUGUAAUUCUACACAGUUCUGUGCCAACACCACAGCCUCUGAGUGUCCAGAGAAUGCCAACAACAGUUGCUUCAGCUCCUGGGCCAACUCCUCUCUAGGAGGAACCAUCGUCUCGCACCAGAGUAUGUUCUGCUCGGCAGCCAACUGCAGUGGGGAGACAGAGUCAUUCCUGGCCUUCACCGUCCGUGUAUCUGAUGGGGAAAGCUUCGAUUUUUCAAGCCGGUGCUGCCAAGAAGACACGUGCAAUGGCACCUACGCUACCCUGGAUUCUCUGCCAGAAGAUCUUUCCAACACGGAGUGCCAGUCUUGCUACGGGGUGAACGUCACAUCCUGUAUUGGGAGACCCCGGACAUGUUACAGAGAAGAACGAUGUGUCUCUCUCAUUGCCCAAUAUAACAAUGCCACUGAGACUUUCCUGCUGAAAGGCUGCUCCAACAUCAGGACCUCCACCUGCCAAUUCCUGUCUGCCGGAAACAAGGUGGCCGAAGGACUCAUCUUCCAGAAGUUCGAAUGUACAGACGCCACCUCCAGACCAGGCACACAGCCCAGCCCUGGCUCCAGAGCCUUCCCCAACACCAUGGCCCUUGCCAGCCUCUUUCUGCUGGGGCUGCUGCUCUGA